CGAUUAGAUUAUCGAAGCUGCCUUCCCCGCUCUCCAAGUCUCUCUUAACUGUAUAGGGUUUUUGACAAUCCUCCCCCGGUAUAAACCGAUUGUAACUGUUACAAUUCAAUCAAAUUAUGAGAACUCGAAAUACAGGCGCAACACCGAAGAAGACGCCGCCGGCGAAGAAAACAUCCUUAAAAUCACAAUCCACGCCCAGCUCCGCCGAGUCCGCAGCAUUGGCUGAAGCUCCGGCGACGUCGACCUUACCACCCAAGUCCUCCGAAGCGAGACCUAGCCCCGCCCUCAAAGGACAGCAAACUAAGCCCGUCGAGACCAUAAGCGCUCCCGUAACCACCGCCCUGCCUACGCAGGAACCAGCAUCAGCAGUUGAAGGAGCAAAAGCAACGAAUGAUGGUGCUGUUCAGGUGACAGGGGAAAGUAAACCUGCUUCGGGGACGAAAACUACUAAAAGAGUUGUAAAGAGGAUCAUAAGAAGAACUGUUGCUAGACCAGCUUCUCGACUGAAGAAAAGGUCUGGGGAAGCUGAAAAUGCAAUAGCUGAUGAAUCCAAGAAGGAGAAUGAUGUCUUAGAUGCUGCAAAUAGAGGACCAGUGGCAAAGGGUGCUGAGACUGCUAAAAAUGAUGGAAUUAGCCUUGGAAAUAUUGACAGACCAGUAAUAAGCGAAGGACCAAACGUUGACAAAGUUGAGGGAGUUGAUGAGGAGAAAAUUUUUUUGCAUGUUGAAGAGUCAUUGAAGAACAAGGCAGAAGAAUCAGUCACGGAAAGUGCACCAUUUGAUCAGAAAGAACAGGGAUCGACUUCUGUAGAUUCUGAACAUUUUGAGGACGAUGUACCUACUAAACCAAAUGAGAAAGAGAAUAUGAUAGACCAACAAGAGGAGCAGGAGAAACUUAUUGAGGAUAAAGUGGAGAACAUGACUGAGGAAGAUAAAAUGGAGGAAGACCCCAAAGAAGAGAUGACUGACUUUGAUGGUCUUUUAGCAGAAGCAGAUGAUGACAGAUCAGAGGCUGAUCAAGAGAUUCAUGAUGAACUUGGCCAAGAAGAGUUUGCUGAAGAUGACAUGAUAGGGCAAGGUGAAGAAGCUUUGGAAGAGGAGCGUGCGGAACUAAAUGCUGCUGCAAAGGAGCGUAAGUUGAGGAAAGAGCUUGAGAUUUUUGUUGGUGGGUUGGAUCGUGAUGUUACCGAAGAAGAUCUUAAGAGGGUGUUUAAAUAUGCUGGAGAGGUGGUUGAUGUCCGCCUACACAAGGAUCCCUCCACCAACAAGAAUAAGGGUUAUGCAUUUGUCAGGUUUUCAACUAAGGAAGAAGCAAACCGGGCUUUGUCGGAAAUGAAAAACCCUGUUAUACGUGGGAAGCGAUGUGGGACUGCUCCAAGUGAGGACAAUGAUACGUUGUUUGUUGGCAAUAUUUGCAAUACAUGGACAAAAGAAGCUAUAAAAGACAAGCUGAAGGAGUAUGGCAUAGAAAGUGUUGAAAGCAUCACUCUUGUGGCAGAUCCCAAACACGAAGGGCUGAGUCGCGGUUUUGCAUUUCUUGAGUUUUCUUGUCAUGCAGAAGCUAUGCUGGCAUACAAGAGACUUCAAAAGCCUGAUGCUAUUUUUGGCCAUGCUGAGAGAACUGCUAAGGUGGCUUUUGCUGAACCUCUGCGUGAGCCAGACCCAGCAGUGAUGGCCCAGGUUAAAUCAGUAUUUGUUGAUGGGCUUCCUCCUUAUUGGGAUGAAGAUCGAGUUAGAGAGACAUUUAGACGUUUUGGGGAGAUUGCACGUGUAAUGCUAGCUCGUAAUAUGUCUACAGCCAAGAGGAAGGAUUUCGGGUUUGUUGAUUUCACUACACAUGAAGCUGCUGUUUCAUGCGUUGAGGAAGUAAACAACAUGGAACUGGGUGAUGGAAACUCAAAGGCAAAAGUAAGAGCAAGACUUUCAAAUCCGUUGCCUAAAACUCAGGCAGUAAAAGGCAGUAUGUCUGGAGGUUUUAGAAUAGCUCGAAGCAGUGGCGGGACUUUCCCCAGAUUUGGAAGGGGUUUUGGUCGAGGUGGUCAUGCCUUCGAUCGACCAAGCUUCCAGCAUGGCAGGGGUUUUUAUCCACGUGGACCUGGACGUGGUGGUAGAAUUGGUUCUCUAAAUGAUCGUGAACUUGAUAAUGAAUAUCCCUUGCAUGGAAGGCAAAGCUUUGCGCAUGGAGGAAGGUGGGGUUUCAGGCCUCAACAAGGAUAUAGUGGAGGUCCGCUGCCACGUCGGCCUGACAUGGAUAGAAGUAGACAUGGUGGCCAUGGUGUUCAUGAUCCACUGAGGAGGCAGCCUUUCCCUCCAGAGGAAGGAUUCAAUGAGCCAUAUUUUCGAAGACACUUUGAUGACCCCUAUUAUUAUGAUGACCCUGCCCAUGGAAUUAAACGACCGUAUUUUAUGACAGAUCAGGAUCCAGAUUAUGUGGAGCCAAGCACUCGUCGCCCUCGGUUUGAGUAUCCUGACGCUUCAGCUUCUUUUCAUGGAAGUCGUUACCGAGGUGGGUUUGAAGCUGAUCGUGGGCCUUAUCGACAAGAUUACUAUGGCUCUGAUCAUGGUGCAGGAGCAUAUCCAUCAUUUUAUGGAGGUGAUCGUCCAUAUGGACGUGGAUAUUACUAUUAGACAUGAUGAACUUUAGGUCUAGUUCGUACGGCUGCUGCUGGGAUGUGAUUCUGUUUUCUACUUUUUCCUCUCUCUCUCUCUCUCUCUCUCUCUCUCUCCCUCCCCGUUUUUGCUGUAUGAUCUGGUCUCUUGUCUCUCUACCUCUUACCAAUCCUGGUUGUCAUAUAAUAUUUGGUCUUAGAUUGUCAGCCAUUUCUCUUGGAUGGACGUUUGUAGAUACUGGUACUCAGUUUCUAAGUUGGAGACUUAAAUAGGUAUGAGCUCCUUUUUUUCUAGGUGGAAGCAGUUUGGGGAGUUAGCAGUCCAGAUGAGGAAGACACUUGCUUUCCUUGUUAGUAAUAACCCUUUUAUGGACAAAAAGUACAUGUUUUGAUUCUGUUUCAAGGGAAAUAAGUUGGGCAUGCUAUUGUCCUUUGAGGUGAUAAAGAUUCAGCUCAAGUUAUUUUGUUUAUGGUUGUUGCAUAAUGCUGCAAUGAUGAUGUUAAGUUGACAACUUGGUGGAGAUCACCUUGAUGGCAUAUUUUAGUUCAACUUGUAGGUUUUGAUUUUAUGUUUCUGUAACUCAAGUAUAGAUCUUUUCUAAGCUGUAAUUUGAGCUUAAACACUUUAUUACUAUAUUAUGGAGAAGGAAUAUAUUUUCUCUGGCA